ACAUAUUCCUGAAAUAGAAAAAGUGGAGCAUGUAAAUUUGUUGAAAUGGUCAUAAUUUGUUGCACUCUAAAUAGAAAAAGUGGAGCAUGUAAAUUUCCAAUGCUUCAUUGGCUGCACUAAGGAUCACCUUUGUAUGUAUAUUAAGAGUCUGAGUUUUUCAUACCUGAAUUAUCAUCUAAUGGUUAGCAAAACAUGGCUAAACGUUGACUUGACCAAAUGUUUGUCUAGGCACAUUUUUCCUUAAAAUCUCCCUCUGCCUUAAGUAUAUAAGGGCUCUAUUUGCUUCAUUGGCUGCAGAAAGGAUCACAUUUCUCUGUUCUUAGUCCAAGAAUGGAAAAAGUAGAGGUAUUUUUAAUAAAUGCCAAGUGAAUAAAUAGAGUACAAAGCAUAAAAAGAAGAAAAGAAAGGAUUUUUCACACCAAAAAGCACAGAACAAACAUUGUUUGUAAGAAGUAUGGUUUUUUCUCUAGACUUGAAGAUUUCAAUGUCAUUCUGUUCUUAUGUUUUCUAUCUAAUUACCCUUCUUUCAUUCAUGUUCAAUAUCUCACAUGCCUUGAAGUUACAUAAUGGUAAUGAAACUGAUAUGCAAGCCUUACUUGCCAUCAAAGAAAAGAUAACUCAAGAUCCUCAUGGUAUUUUUACUUCAUGGAAUAAUUCAGUCCAUUUCUGCAGCUGGGAAGGUGUCAUUUGUGGCCAUCCUCCUCAAAGAGUCACUCAACUGCACUUAACAUCACUUGACUUAGCAGGUACUUUGUCACCUUUCAUAGGAAAUCUUACUUUUCUUACUAGUAUCAAACUUGAGCUCAACAAUUUCCAUGGAAAAAUCCCACCACAGAUUGGUGGUUUUUUUAGGCUUCAGCAUCUUAGUUUGACUAAUAACUCAUUUUCUGGAGAGAUACCGAUAAAUCUUUCUCGUUGUUUGAAUCUUGUUAAACUUGGUGUUGGUUGGAAUCAGUUGUCUGGAAAGAUUCCAUUUGAGUUUGGUUCAUUGCAAAAGCUUGAGAGAUUGGAAGUUCAUAACAACAACCUCACUGGAUCAAUCCCGGAAACCUUAGGUAAUCUUUCCGCAAUCAAAUCACUUUCCUUAUCGGUUAACAAUUUGGAAGGAACUAUUCCUAGUUCUUGUAGCCAAUGGAAGGCAUGGAAUGUCUUGUUGAAAGUUAUUAAGAUUGGUCAUAAGUGGUGUACUGAGCCCCAUCCAAAGUCAUUAUCUAAUGCUUCAAAUCUAGUUGAACUUGAUGCAUAUGGAGAAGUUGAUGACAUGAGGUUUGUCAAUUCUUUGAGUAGAUGCAGAAACUUGCAAGUUAUGGAUUUGAGUGAUUGCAGAUUUGGAGAUUGGGAGGGUAAUCAACUAUUUGGUAGUAUUCAUUCAGGAAUAGGGAAUCUUGUUAACUUGAAGUCAUUGCGACUGCACAAGAAUCAUUUUUCUGGUAGCAUUCCUGAAGUCGUUGGCAAUCUUCGUAGGCUUCAGUUAGUGGAUUUGUCCGAAAACAAGUUUUCAGGAAGUAUUCCAUCUUCUAUAUCUAACAUGACUCGAUUAUAUUCACUUCAUCUGGAAAAUAAUGAGUUAACUGGUAACAUUCCCCUUAGUUUUGGCGAUUUCCGGUACUUGCAAGAUUUAGACCUUUCUCAGAAUCAUCUUAGUGGUACCAUACCAGAUGGAUUUAUGAGUUUGUCUUCCUUAAAAACUUCUCUUAAUCUUGCUGACAAUCAAUUGUCCGGUCCGCUAUCAGUUGAAAUUGGAGGUCUCAAUAAUCUUGAAAGAUUGGAUAUUUCUAAUAACAUGUUGUCUGGGAAAAUUCCUAGUAGUAUAGGGAGGUGUGUAGCUUUGGCAAGCCUUGUUUUAUCUGGAAACUUCUUUGAAGGUAUAAUUCCUUCAUCCAUUAGUUCUUUGAAAGGUCUCGAAGAAUUGGAUGUUUCGCGCAACAAUUUAUCUGGGAAGAUUCCAACAUCUCUUCAGCUCAUUUCCUUAAAAAAAGUGAACUUGUCUUUCAACCAGCUUGAAGGUCAGUUGCCUACUGAAGGUGUUUUCAGGAAUGCAACUGCAAUAUCCGUAUCGGGGAAUAGGAAACUUUGUGGGGGUAUACCAGAACUCGAGUUGCCAAUAUGUCCGAACGCUGAGCCUGACGGAAGAGAUAAGUCCAGAAGCAUUAAGCUAAUGAUCCCUCUUCUUUCUGGACUUGUUGCACUGGUUUUCAUCAUGUCUUUAGUCAUAAUCAUUCGGUUAAGGAAGGCAAGGGGAGAUCCUUCUUUAACAUCUUCACCGGUUACUUAUGAGAGCCUAUAUAGAGCGACAAAUGGAUUCUCUUCUGCCAAUUUGAUUGGAAAUGGUAGCUUUAUUUCUGUUUACAAAGGGGUACUUGAUCCAGGUGAAUGUAUGGUUGCGGUGAAGGUGAUAAACAUUGAACAACAAGGGGCUACUUCUAAGAACUUCAUGGCUCAGUGUGAAGCCUUGAGAAACAUAAGGCAUCAAAAUCUUGUGAAGAUCUAUGCUGCCUGUUCGACUAGUGAUUUUGAGGGUAAUCCGUUUAUAGCUUUAGUUUACGAAUACAUGCCUAAUGGGAGCUUAGAAAAUUGGUUGCAUCCUAUUCCGGGAGCUGAUACCUCAACUAAUGAGGUGAGGAUACUAGGUCUAGUUGAAAGACUAACCAUUUCUAUGGAUGUGGCUUGUGCACUGGAAUAUCUUCAUCAUCAUUGCCACAAUCCAAUUGUGUACUGUGAUCUGAAGCCGGACAACAUUGUUUUCGACAAUAACAUGACUGCCCAUGUAGCUGAUUUUGGAUUAACAAUGUUUUUCUCAGAUGCCAUGAGCAUAUGUAGUUCAUUGGAUAUGCUGCACCAGAGUACAGCAUGGGAGGUAAGGCUUCUGAAUUUGGUGAUGUUUACAGCUAUGGGAUACUUCUUCUAGAGAUGUUUACUGGAAAGAGACCUACUGACAGGAUGUUCGAAAAUGGACAGACUCUUCACAGUUUUGCUAAGACAGCUUUACUUGAUGAAAUAAUAGAACCCAUGCUUCUACCUAGCAACAGCAGAGAAAGACGAGAGGCCGACGAAGAAGGAGUACUUAUCAAUCAAGAUGAUACUAGUAUAAAACAAGCACAGGAAUGCUUGGUCUCGAUAAUACAGAUUGGAGUUGCAUGUUCAGCUGAAUCCCCGAGAGAAAGGAUGGAUAUUGGGGAUGUUGUCAAGGAACUUCAACUAAUUAGAGACAUUCUCCUUGCUUCUCAUACAAUUCACAGCUCAACCAGCGGGAGCUUGAGGUUCGAAGGGUCUUCCAGUCGUUCUGUUACUAGUAACUGGCAAAAUUUCACAUCUUUUCGUUUGCCUUGAUGUUUUUGGUGAAGAACUCGAGAUGUCGAUGCAUACUUGUAUAUGAUUACCUGAGUUUUGUAUUUUUUUGGCUCUUAUAUGACAAACUAAUUCUCGAACAGGUUUGUCCCCUAAUUGAUAUUAGAAAAGUUAAUGUAUAUAACUAAGUUCAAAUCUAA